UAUUGGAUGCCAACCUCCGUUAAACCCCACCGAAUAAUACUUUCUUGUAGCUAGCUAACGUUAACCCUUAUUAUAGCUCAGUUAGAUAACCAUUUCGGACUAAUAUAGUCGAAUUAGUUAAGCUAAUUAGAAAUUGUAACGUUAGCCAACUAGCUUGCUAACUGAAAUAAUAUUCUACAAAAUGCAUUUAAUCUUUGUUUUAAACUGACUAGCGUAGCGUAGUUCAUUUACGUUGGUGGCAGGCAAACUUGUUUUCUUCAGCUCAAACCGAGGGAAGUUAACAAGCUAACGUUAGCAAGCUACAAUGACAAUUCUGUGAAUUCAUGGGGGUGGACACACAAUUAAAUACGUCAUUGGCUAACGGCCCCGAUUUCCAUCAAAACACCCAUGGCAAAGUGGUUAAAGGACUACCUGAACUUCGGCAGCCGUCGUGACGCGCCCCAGCUUCCGCGUCCUGACUACACAGAGAGUGAGAUCCUGAGGGCCUACAGAGCCCAGAAAGACCUGGACUUUGAAGACCCCUACCAGAGCGCAGAGAAAUCACAAAAUGACUGCUACGGUGGCUGUAGGGGGACAGUAAGCCUGCAUGCGUUUCCCGCCUUGGCUUCUGUCCUUCCCGACGAUGCAGAGGUGAAGGUGGUGUCUCCCAAACACAGGCUGAUCAAGGUGGACUCUCAGGAGUUCCGUCGCAGUAAGGUCCCCGUCAGCCCCGUCACCAUCCACCAAGAACCGGUGCUUCCCUCUGCUCCUACAGUAGUAGGGGACUCCAACACCGACUACUCAGACCCGUUUGAUGCCAGACCAGUUCCUCGGCUUAGAACAGAUUGGGAGCCUAACCCUAACCCACACCUUACCUUGGACCUCAGCCCCAUCACCAGUCCUACCCUGGUAGCCUUCAGCCCUAACCCUAUCCUAGGUCUCAGUCUCCGUCCAGGGCACAGCAGCAGCUACAUGGAACCCUUUGAAGCCCAGAGGGUCAUCACAGAGCUCCAGCGGGGCCGGCCAGGAGUGGGCAGUGGAAGGUCAGGGGCAGGGAUCGGAGAUCAACUCUAUGAUGACCCCUACGAUGAGAGGACUCGACAUCGCCACCGGGGGGCGCCACCGCAGCAGCAGGGGAGAGAGUUCCUCAGGAACGAAACGAGAGAGGUCAGAAAGAGCAGGCUGCCCCAGGACGAUGAGAGACCAGCAGAGGAGUACGACCAGCCCUGGGAAUGGAAGAAGGACAACAUCUCCAAAGCUCUAGCAGUGAAGUUUGAGGGGGCAGAGUGGGAGAAGUCGUUAGCCCAGUCAGACCAGGCCAGACUACCCAGGACCAGCCCCACAGCCCCAGGGGGCGCAGCUAGCCUUCUGAGGCCUGGUGACACCACCCCUGUCCUGGGUGAGAGAGUGGACCCCUGCCUGCCCCUGGAGAGACAGGUGUGGUACCACGGUUCUGUGAGUCGUGUGGAGGCAGAGACUCUACUGACGUUGUGCAAAGAGAGUUCCUACCUGGUGAGGAAGAGCCAGGCCUGCCCACAAGACUACUCUCUCUCCCUCAGGAGUUGUCAGGGCUUCAUGCAUAUGAAGUUCACUCGGAGUUCAGAGAGUCGUUACGUCCUGGGAGAGAACAGUCCUCCAUUCUCCUCUGUACCAGAGGUCAUCCACUACUACACCAUGCACAAACUACCUAUCAGAGGAGCUGAACACCUGUCUCUGCUCUACCCUGUCAUAGUACAGACCCUCUGACCCCUCUCCACUCAUUAUCUGCACUACUUUAGUGCACUCUGAUCAAAAGUAGUGCAAUAUAUAGGCAAUCGAGUGGGACACGGCUAUUUAUGAUCUAUUACUAAUACAGAUGGUGCUGUCGUCUGCGGAGAUGCUAACAUGGCUGCUGUGUAAUUGUGUGAUGUUAUUCUUAGAGCGUCAACAUGGUUCUGGUGGAAACCACAAUGGUUAAACUAUUACGGUUGAAGUUGGAAGUUUAUAUACACCUUAGCCAAAUACAUUUAAAAUCAGUUUUUCACAAUUCCUGACAUUUAAUCGUAGUAAAAAUGCCCUAUCUUAGGUCAGUUAGGAUCACCACAUUAUUUUAAGAAUGUGAAAUGUCAGAAUAAUAGUAGAGAAUGAUUUAUUUUAUUUCACCACAUUCCCAGUGGGUCAGAAGUUUACAAACUCAAUUAGUAUUUGGUAACAUUGCCUUAAAAUUGUUUAACUUGGGUCAAACAUUUAGGGUUGCCUUCCACAAGCUUCCCACAAUAUGUUAUUUCAUCAGACCAAAGGUAAUUUCUCCCCAUGUGAGUUGCAAACCGUAGUCUGGCUUUUUUAUGGUGGUUUUGGAGCAAUGGCUUCUUCCUGGCUAAGUGACCUUUCAGGUUGUCGAUAGAGGACUCAUUUUACUGUGGAUAUAGAUACUUUUGUACCGAUUUCUUCUAGUAUCUUCACAAGGUCCUUUGCUGUUGUUCUGGGAUUGAUUUGCACUUUUCGCACCAAAGUACGUUCAUCUCUAGGAGACAGAACGUGUCCCCUUCCUGAGCCGUAUGACGGCUGCGAGGCCCCAUGGUGUUUAUAUUUGGGUACUAUUGUUUGUAUAGAUGAACAUGGUACCUUCAGACGUGUGUAAAUUGCUCCCAAGGAUGAACCAGACUUGUGAAGGUCUACAACUUUUUUUUCUGAGAUCUUGGCUGAAAUCUUUUGAUUUUCCCAUGAUGUCAAGCAAAGAGGCACUGAGUUUGAAGGUAGGCCUUGAAAUACAUCCACAGGUACACCUCCAAUUGACUCAAAUGAUGUCAAUUAGCCUAUCAGAAGCUUCUAAAGCCAUGACAUUAUUUUCUGGAAUUGUCCAUGCUAUUUAAAGGCACAGUCAACUUAGUGUAUGUAAACUUCUGACCCACUGGAAUUGAGAUACAGUGAAAUAAUCUGUCUGUAAAUAGUUGUUGGAAAAAGUACUUGUCAUGCACAAAGUAGAUAUCCUAACCGACUUGCCAAAACUAUAGUUUGUUAACAAGAAAUUUGUGGAGUGGUUGAAAAACAAGUUUUAAUGACUCCAAACUAAGUGUAUGUAAACUUCCGACUUCAACUGUAUAUGGCCAAAGGCAAAUGCUGUAACAGAGCAGGUUACUGUAUGUCAAUAGAAUAUUAUCGAUCAUCUGUAUCGCACAUUGAUUAGCUUGCUGUACCAGGGUGGGAGUUUCAUCCAAUAGUGUUAUACAGUAGACUGCUACAUCGCUAUAGUGGAAAGCUAUUAUAUAAAUGUGUGCUUGAAAGCUAUUUCAGUCCUUAUAUGUAUGAAUGUUGGUGUUUUACACCUGAGUGUACAAAAUAUUAGGAAUACCUUCCUGAUAUUGAGUUGCACCCCCUUUCGCCCGCAGAACAGCCUCAGUUCGCCGGGUCAUGGACUACAAGGUGUCGAAAGCGUUCCACAGGGAUACUGGCCCAUGAUGACUCCAAUGCUUCCCACAGUUGUCAAGUUGGCUGGAUGUCCUUUGAGUGGUGGACCAUUCUUGAUACACACAGGAAACUGUUGCGUGUGAAAAACCCAGCAGCGUUGCAGUUCUUGACACACUCAAUCCGGAGCGCGUACUACCAUACCCCGUUCAAAGGCACUUGAAUAUUUUGUCUUGCCCAUUCACACUGAAUGGCGCACAUACACAAUCCAUGUCUGAAUUGUCUAUAGGCGUAAAAAUCCUCCUUUAACCGGUCUCCUCCCCUUCAUACACACAGGUGACAUCAAUAAGGGAUCAUAGCUUUCACCUAGUCAGUGUGUAAUGGAAAGAGCAGGUGCUCCUAAUGUUUUGUACACUCAGUGUAGUUGUGUGUUAAAGUGUGAAUGUUUUUGGGACUUUGAUCAUGAAAGCUAAAGAAUAAUAGGUAGGUUUGUUACUGUGGUUCUGUUUGUAAGAUUUUCUCAUGUUGUAUGAAAAUAAAGUGUUUUUUUUUUUA